AUGAAACUGCUCUACACAGUCGAGGCCAAACACAAUGCCACCAAAAGCCAAGGAGAUUACUGCGAGACAACAGUGCAGCACACAAUGGGGUACCUCUUCAACAAACUCUUUAUGGCGGAGUACUUAACUGAGGAAACCAAGUUGGAGUUGAAGGAAGUGCGGGAUAGUCUAGAAAAGUCGCUGAAGGAAACCGUUUGGCCUUUUGGGGGACCUCUUUUUGUGGAUUCCGAAUAUUUUGUUCCUUUUAGCUCAAGUAAGAAAAACUUGCUGAUCGACGAAAUGAUCAAGUUGAUUGGUCGAAAGGAAAUAGUCGACAAUAAUUACACUGCCACCAAAAUAAAUCUUCAGCGCCUCAGUGUCAACAUCACUAGGUUCAGAACCGAAAACGAUUUAAAUGACAAGCUCUUGGUGAACGACUAUCACUUGGCCGUAUUGUUGCAACCCCCCUUUUACCACCGCUCAUGGCCAUUAUCCAUGAAAUUCGCCGCCUUGAGUUACGUUCUUGCAACCGAGCUCCUCGAUUAUGUGGACUUCUCGUCGGGGGAUUUGCCAUCCCAGUUUAAAGAUAACAUCAAGUGCUUUCAAGAUCGCUACAACAUCACAGAAGGGUACAUCCUUGACUUUGCUUCACUACAACUGGGAUAUACCGCCUACCAAGGUCAAAAGAAGGAUUACAACCAGGAGGAGAUCAGCGAGCAGAUGUCAGGACUCGACCUGUCACCGGAUCAGCUUUUCUUCCUGGGAUUCGCUCAGUCGCUUUGCUACGAUUACAAGUAUGAGAACAACCUAAAAAAGUAUCACAUCUUGGGCUCCUUAUCGAGCAGCGUGGCCUUCAACUGUCCUGUAGGAUCUCGCAUGCGUCCUUCAGCCGAAACUUGUCGUCUGUUUUAG